AUGAACUGGGAGCUUGUUGGUAACACAGGCGCUCCUGACCAAUGGACAUUCGACCAAACCGACAAUGCAGAGGCGGCACUUCAAUCACAUUGGGAAUCCUGGUUUGGAGAAGCAGACAUGGCAAAAAUUGCCUCGUGGGGACUCAAUACUGUGCGCAUCCCUAUCGGUUAUUGGGCCUUCAACAACACAGGUAGUCCUUACAUCUCAGGUGCAGAUGCCUACCUGCAAAAAGCACUCGGCUGGGCCCGUCAAUACAACAUUCAGGUUCUGAUCUGCAUGCACGGCCUGCCUGGCUCCCAAAACGGUUUCGACAACUCUGGCCACAAAGGCGAUGCACAAUGGGCCAACAACCCUGCCAACCUCCAAGCCAGUACUGCCGUCCUCGAGAUCAUGGCCGCAAAGUACGGUGUCGCCUCUUACGCAGACGUCGUCUGGGGCCUUGAACUCGUGAAUGAGCCCAUCGUCUGGGACUACGACUCGGCAAAGGCAGCCCAGACAUGGGCCGUCGACACCGUAGCAGCCAUGCGCACCCACGUCACCAACCCCGACCUCAAGCUGGUCAUGCACGAUGCCUUCCUGGGCGCCAAAGCCUGGCAGCCAGUAGCCCAAUACUACAACGUCGAUGCCGCGUCCGAAAACUUUGUGCUGGACGUUCAUCUCUAUCAAAACCAAGGCGGUCCCACUGAUGGCUAUGAUCAAGACCAACACAUUGCAUACACCUGCGCCUACCCCAACACCCAAUUCCUAUCUGAGUCUGCGCACUUGCCCGUUAUCGUCGGCGAGUUCAGCGAUCAAACCAACAUUUGCGUUGACGCUGCUGGCAACAUUACUGCCGGCACCUCUUGCUCGACUCAAGGAUGCCAAUGUUCAGCACAACUUGAUCCUUCGCAAUGGAACCCUUAUCUCGUUGAAGCCACCAGAAAAUUCAUGGAAGCUCAAAUGGAUAUCUAUGAAGAGUACUCUACUGGGUGGUUCAUCUGGAGUUAUACCGGUCCUGGAGCUUGGGGCUUGGAUAACUUGAUGAAGUAUGGGAUUGUGGGGCCCAAUACCGUUACGCAGAGAAUGUAUCCUCCUCAGUGCAAUGGCACUAGUUCGUAA